AUGGAUAUAAAAUCAUAUUUUCACGCGUGGUGUAUUAAAUCGGGCAGAACACCUACCUUCGAUGUUAGGGCUGCUGGUUUAAAAAACAGGCAAAGGUUUAUAUGUGAAUUAAAAGUUGAUGGAUAUUCUUAUAUUGGUUGCGGUAAUUCAACAAAUAAGAAAGACGCUCAGUUUAAUGCUGCCAGAGACUUUGUUCAUUACUUAGUUCGCCAAAAUGUCAUUGAUGGUUCCGAAAUUCCGCAAGAUUCUAUUCGCAAAGAUGGGCUUCCAAACAGUUCUAAUGGCAGCUGUCAAAAUCAAGAGUUAUUUCAUAAAAAUAACACUGUGUUUCAGCCUGGGAUGAACCCUGGCUUAAUGGGUGAUGCAUAUUGCCCAUACAAAAAUGAUGGGGUGAACAAUUCUUACACGUAUAUUGACAGACUCGCUGAUCAAAAAAAACUUGAAGAAGCAGAAGAUUUAGACAUGAAUGCUGGAAUCCAUGGAAAUUGGACUAUUGAAAAUGGUAAAUCCAGGUUGCAUCAAUUUUUACAGCAAUACAACAUUAAAACCGAUUACAAGUAUUCCAUAAUGGGAUCCGAAGGAGCUCAAUGUUUUGUUGCUGAAAUGACACUGUAUGUCAAAAAACUAAAUCGUACUCUGACAGGCCGUGAAUCUGCAUCGAAUAAGUCAUCAGCAUCCAAAAGUUGUGCUCUAUCUCUUGUACGCCAAUUAUAUCAUCUUGGGGUAAUUGAAGCUUUUUCAGGAACACUUAAAAAAAAUAGGGAUAAAGAAAAUGAAAUGAAACCGUAUCCAGUUGCUAUUUCACCUGAUUUGUAUAGAAAAGUUAGAAACGUUCUACACGAUUUGAAAAUAGUACCAACUGAAAUUCCUGAUAAUUUAGAUUCUAAUCAAAGCUUAUCGAUAAUUAAUUCAACAGUUCUUGAUGAGUUUAUUACGAAUAAAACCCAAUCAGCUGGCGUGGUGCCCUGGGGUCCUCCAAUUCAAAAUUGGAACGCUUGGACGAAUUGCAACAUAGACGAAGGUCCAUUAGCCCAUAUUAGUUUGGAUGAAAUCAGUUUGAAUUUAGAGCAAUCUUAUAGACAUAAUUUGCAAACCAAUGAAAAUCUUCAAAAAAUGAUUAAGGAAAGAGAAGAACUUCCAGCUUUUGCAAUCAAUAAAGAAAUAAUGCAAACAAUUAAUGAUAACGCAGUGGUUUUAAUCAGGGGAAACACUGGUUGCGGUAAAACUACUCAAGUUUGUCAAUUUAUUUUAGAUGAUUAUAUAAAAGCUGGUCAAGGAGCUUAUUGUAAUGUGAUCGUUACUCAACCUCGCAGAAUUUCUGCUGUUUCAGUAGCCGACAGAGUUGCUUUCGAAAGAAAUGAAACAUUGGGUCAGAGCGUGGGAUAUAGUGUAAGGUUUGAGUCUUGCUUUCCAAGACCUUUUGGCAGUAUUUUAUUUUGCACUGUCGGCGUUCUUUUGAAAAAACUUGAAAGCGGUCUGAGAGGAAUAUCGCAUAUUAUCGUGGACGAAAUUCACGAAAGAGAUGUCAACACGGAUUUUAUUUUAGUCGUCCUAAGAGAUAUGAUUCAUACUUAUCCCGAUUUAAGGAUAGUACUCAUGUCGGCUACGAUUGACACUACACUUUUUAAUAAUUACUUUGGAAAUUGUCCCAUAAUUGAAAUUCCUGGUUGUUCUUUCCCGGUAAAAAAAUAUUUUUUAGAAGAUUGCAUUCAAAUGUUAAAAUUUAUUCCACCCAUUGUAUCGAAAAAGAGGAAAAGGAAAAUAAACGACAAAGAUGAUGAAGAUGACGAUGAAGCUUUACAAGGAGCAGACGAAGGAGAAGAAAAUUUAAAUGCGGUCAUUUCCGAAGAUUACGAUUUAGAAACGAAACAUUCGAUGGCUUUACUGAGCGAAAAAGAAAUCUGUUUCGAAUUAAUAGUUAAACUCCUCGAAUAUAUCAAGUCGAUAAAUAUUCCCGGAGCAGUUUUGAUUUUUCUUCCGGGAUGGAAUUUGAUUUUUGCUCUGAUGAAACACCUUCAACAGCACACCAUUUUCGGAGGUUAUGAUUUCGUUAUACUACCUCUUCAUUCUCAACUUCCUCGAGAAGAUCAAAAGCGAGUGUUUCACGUUUAUCCCCCCAACAUUACGAAAGUCAUAUUGGCCACCAAUAUAGCUGAGUCUUCAAUAACUAUUAACGACAUUGUUUUCGUAAUAGAUUCGUGUAAGGCCAAAAUGAAAAUUUUUACAGCGCACAACAAUAUGACUCAUUACGCCACCGUUUGGGCAUCGAAAACGAAUCUUGAACAGAGGAAAGGAAGAGCGGGUAGAGUACGACCCGGUAUAUGUUUUCAUUUGUGCUCGAAAGCAAGAUACGAAAAAUUAGAUCAGCAUAUGACUCCGGAAAUGUUUCGCACUCCCCUUCACGAAUUAGCAUUGACGGUUAAAUUGCUUCGGUUGGGUUCGGUCGGUCAAUUUCUUUCAAAAGCAAUCGAGCCUCCUCCCAUCGAUGCUGUGAUCGAGGCAGAAGUCCUUUUACGAGAAAUGAAAUGUUUGGAUUCGAACGACGAAUUGACUCCUUUGGGAAGAAUUUUAGGAAAAUUACCUUUGGAACCGCGAAUGGGAAAAAUGGUCAUUUUGGGAUGUCUUUUCGAUUGCGGUGAUGCAUUGACAACCAUAGCUGCCAACACGGCUACUCUACCGGAAGUAUUCAUUCAAACUCCCGAAAAGCGACGUUUGUCAUUUUCCCAAAAGAAUUUUUCUGGAAAUCGUUUUUCCGAUCACAUCGCGACUCUGAAUGCUUUUCAAACUUGGGAAGAAGUUAAGAUGAGUGAAAAUGAAAGCGAGGAAAGAUUUUGCGAAGCGAAAUUAUUAUCGCAUUCAACAUUGAGAAUCACAUUGGAAGCGAAAAAUCAACUCAUUCAAUUACUGACGGCGUUCACGGGAUUUCCCGAGGAAACUCUGGUUUCGAAAGUUUACAAUUAUCACGGUCCAGACCCGAAAUUAGACGUUGUCAUUGCUUUGCUAUGCUUGGGACUUUAUCCCAACGUGGCUUAUCAUCAAAGCAAGAGAAAAGUUUUGACAACGGGUAACAAAGUUGCUUUGAUACAUAAAACAUCGGUCAACUGUAGUAAUUUAGAGCAGUCUUUUCCAAUACCAUUUUUCGUAUACAGAGAAAAAAUACGAACGAAAGUUGUAUCGUGCAAACAAAUGACCAUGGUCACUCCCAUACACUUGUUACUUUUCGGCGCGAGAAAAGUCGAAUUCGUCAAGAACAUAAUUAGAUUGGACGGUUGGAUUCAUUUGGACAUGAAACCGGAAGAAGCAUCGGCAAUUGUUGCCCUUCGCCCCGCGAUCGAGAGUCUCAUAAUAAAAGCGUCGAAGGAACCUUCACAAGUUCGAGAACUUUCUCCCAUCGAUAGAAAAGUCGUUGAAAUCGUUAAGGAGCUGUGCGGAAUAAAUGCCGGACGUUACGGAAUGGAACCGAUCGAUUCCAAAGGAUUCGCUUCUCACAGACCAAAUCGUACUUAUAAAAAUUUCGAACCCUCGUACAACAGAGGAGGUGGAGGUGGAGGUGGUGGUGGUGGUGGCGGUGGCGGUGGUGGUUAUAAUGAUUAUUAUAAUAAACCGUCAACGUAUGGAAACCAUUCUCAAGAAAGAUACAAAUGGUAUCAAAAUCGAAGAUACGAUAAUUACAGAGGAGGAGGAGGCGGGGGAGGUGGAGGUGGAGGAGGAGGAGGAUAUAAUUCUUAUUCAAAUUAUAACAAUUGGUAA